UAAAGCCCACUUAACCUUCCUUAUGGCUACCCCUAGAAAAAAAAGCUUCAUAUUACAACCUUCCGAGGAUCGUUUGUGUCUAAUUUGAUGACAUGGUCAGGUACUGUAUGUGCUAAACCUCUUACCGUUUAAGUAGACAAUACAAGCUAUGAUAAAGAAAAUGCAUUACCACCCUGUUGACCUUUAUAAGCACCCUCCCCACCUGCGAUUCUUACUUUGAGAUGGAGUCUACAAACCCAUUUUGAGUUUGAAUGUUGCAUCAAAGCAUUCUAACUAACACACCUCCCGUCUAUAUUUGAAUGCUGUCUCUAGGUAAAAACCAAGAUUUCGCCUUCGUGGAGUUUUAUCACUUGCAAGAUUCUACCCGAUGGAUGGAGACCAAUCAGGUUGCCUCAACAAUCACCAAGUUUUCGAAUUAUUCUUGGAGAUUAGAGCAUUGAUACCAGUUUAGAGCUGGUAUCUGUUUGUAUUUAGUUAGGGCAUUCAAAACUGUGAUAUCAGAUGUAAAUGUUUUUUUAUGUCACACAUGGUUGUUAACUUGUUUGAUUAUAAAAGUAGACUUUUUCAGCUGCUUUGUUACAUAUAUCAUGUGAAUUCAGGUUUUAAUCAUUGUACAAAGGUUUUUACUUUUGAUUAAUAAUUAUAAAUAGAGACAUUAUGAAGAGUAUAUUAAACUCAGAAUGUGUGUUGCGCCUCUUAAUCAUGAUUAGACUUUUCUGUUGACAGAACGGCCCAAAUGGUCUUGUUGAGUUCUGUCUGCCCUGUGGUUUCAUAGCACAUUCUGCUCCAGCUCAGUCACUUGGAUAUGUUCUCAUCUCCAUUUAAAACCUGAAGACUUGGAGCUGAGAAGGAAUGAGCUGGCAGCACUCCGGUCCCUAACACUUGGAACCAUUUGUUUUUUUAUGAGGACACAUUUUCCUCGUACACGGUACUGCAUCUCUCUCUCUGAACUUCUCCUUCUGCCUCUCCUCCUUGAGACACUCAACACUAAGCUGCAAGUAACAAGUUGGUGAUCCAGGGGAAAUGCAUUUCAGUGCAAUACAGCCACAGAAAGCCCAUGUAUGAAAACUGGCUUUGCAAGUCGUGUGGCCUGUGCAAUUUUCGGAGAAAGCUCAGGUGUUUCAAAUGUGGAACAGCAAGAGUUGAUGGAGAGUCCCCUGCAGUAGAUGGUAUAAAUGUGGAACCUCAAAAGGAUAGUGAUUACAGUUCAGACACAUUAAUUAUGAGAAAUAUAGCCCCGAUUUCAACUAUCGAUGGGAUUUUGAACAUAUUGUCCCCGUAUGCUAACCUGUCUGCGAGCAAAAUCCGCCUCAUCAAAGACAAGCAGAUGGGAAAUAACAAAGGCUUUGGCUUUGUCCAACUUUCAUCUCCCAUGGAGGCUUCUCAGCUGCUCACCGUCCUCCAAAGCCUUCAGCCGCCUCUAAAACUGGAUGGAAAAACAGUCGCUGUGGAUUAUGCCAAGAGUGCUACAAGAGAUGGAGCACAGCCUGGUGGUAAGCGACCCAAUCAUAUCUCAGUUGCCAGCACAGCCAUCGCUGCCGCCCAGUGGUCAUCCAGCCAGUUACAACCAGGUUCAGAUGCCACCUCUGGUUAUGUCACUCUUCCAGAGGGCUUUUCGCAGCAGUCACAGGAACAGAAUUAUCACGUUUGGCAGCAGCAGCAUCUGGAAGGAUUGUCUCUUGUCAAUGGAGAUGGCUUCCCUGGAGCUGCCCCAGGAAUGAAGACGUUGCUCCCUGCAGCCACGGGUGUGGUCAUAUCCCAGACAGCUCAAAUUUACCAACCUGUCGUUUUCAGCCAGACUGCCAUACAGUCGCACCAUGUAGCGAGGGCGGUCGAUGCAGAGCAGCAGCAGAGUGUUAGAAGAGAUGGAGCACAGCCUGGUGGUAUGCAAGCCAAUGUUAUCUCAGUUGCCAGCACAGCCUUCGCUGCCACCCAGUGGUCAUCCAGCCAGUUACAACCAGGUUCAGAUGCCACCUCUGGUUAUGUCACUCUUCCAGAGGGCUUUUCGCAGCAGUCACAGGAACAGAAUUAUCACGUUUGGCAGCAGCAGCAUCUGGAAGGAUUGUCUCUUGUCAAUGGAGAUGGUUUCCCUGGAGCUGCCCCAGGAAUGAAGACGUUGCUCCCUGCAGCCACGGGUGUGGUCAUAUCCCAGACAGCUCAAAUUUACCAACCUGUCGUUUUCAGCCAGACUGCCAUACAGUCGCAUCAUGUAGCGAGGGCGGUCGAUGCAGAGCAGCAGCAGCAGCAGCAUCAGCAGCAGCAGCCUGCAAGUGUUUGCACUGCGUCACCGGUAACACCAGCUGCUUCUUCUGUUGCAAUUACAGUUUCUGCCUCCCCAACUAUUAAAACAUCAGCUGUCCCUGAUAUGUCCACAUACCAGUAUGACAAGGAUUCAGGUUACUAUUAUGAUCCACAGACUCGUCUCUACUAUGAUCCCAGCAGCCAAUACUACUACAACUCUGGGACUCAGCAGUACCUCUACUGGGACGGUGAGAAACAGACGUACGUCCUGGCGACAGAAGACAUGAUGGCAGAACAAAGUUCAAGCAGUCAAGAGCCCAAAGGAAAAAAUAAGCCAAAAACGAGGUCUGCACACCAGAUUGCAAAGAACAUGGAUCGAUGGGCAAAAAGCUUGAAUACGCGAAAAGGGAGUUUUAAGAGCAGUUUCCAAGACUUGGGGCCGUCGAAGGAGGAAGACAAGAAAUGGUCUGCAGCUGCUGAUGCAGGUUUCUCCCUCUUCGAGAAGAAGCAAAGCAGAGAUGUUGAGAUGCCGUCACUCAUGAUGGAACAAUUCAAGAACCUGGAGCAGGAAACCAAGAGUGACCCGUUUGUUUCUUACAAUGGCGACAGUGAGCCAGAGGAUGGCGGCAUGGAUGGAGCAGCGGACGAGGGGGGCAGAAUAACAGACUGGAGGACGGGGGUUUGCCUGCUGUGUCAACGGCAGUUCCCCACCAAAGACGCUCUGCUGCGUCACCAGCAGCUCUCUGACCUCCACAAGCAAAAUUUGGAGAUUCAGAGAAAAUCAAGGUUUUCAGUAGCUGAGCAGGGGAGGAGAGACGCUGAGCUGAAGUACAGAGACAGAGCUGCAGAGAGGAGGGGGAGAUCCGGUGCUUAUACAGCCAAGAAGGGAUUAUAUCAACAUCCAGCAAACUAUGGCCAACCCACCAACGAUGGCCUGACAAGCAAUAACAUUGGGAACCAUAGGUUUCAAGCUAUGGGCUGGCAUGAGGGCAAUGAUCGGGGCCACCACCAACAGGACAUCACCUCUCCAAUCUCGGCUUCAUUUAGGACUAAGGGUACCGGCUUGGGUAUUCAAUCAAAUGAACUCUCACCAUACGACAGCUACGAGGAUACAGCUCAUAGGGCCAUGUUUGCGCGCUUCAAUGAGUUUGAGUGAACUAGAGAGAGUAAGGACAUCACACUGAACUGUGAGUCCCUAAUUUUGUGGCCAAAUGAUCUCACUGUGACUAACUUCUUUCCCUGUACAGAUUUGAAUAUUUUUAUCAUGUUUAUGUAAAUAAAAAGUAGUUUUGUUUAAAAUGUGUGUUCUGAUGAACAUGCCCAUGUGUUUGAAUGUAAGUGCAUAAGUUUUAUGUGGAUCAGCUUUGGUUUUCUGUUUUUGUGAGAAUCUAAAAGAAUUGAUAAAUAAAACUGAUCGCUGUGCUUACAAAUA